GGGAGUUGCUGGGCCGGUUAUCACCUUAUACAGCCCAGUGGAGAGAGCUUACAGAGACCAAGUGCUCUGCUAAAGUCACACAGCGCGUGGCUAGCUGGGCAAGAUUGAAGUCCAUCUAGUCUGCGGGAAUGCUGGGUGACUUCUUUGCCUCUGUCUUGUUCUUCCCGCUCGACGGGAUUUCACUGUGGAGCACUGGCUGUCCUGGAACUCAUGGAGAUCGGCCUGCCUCUGCCUCGAUAGUGCUGGGAUCAAAGGCGUGAGCCACCCCUGCUGGGCUCUAAGACUUGUUUCUGUCUUGCAGCUGACGAGACUCAAUUUCAGACCAGGAAAGUAGCCUUUUAAAUGGGGGGUUUCCUCUCCCUAAUCGAGAUCCCAUUUCCUAAUCUUCCCGUCUAUCCAGGAGGCCCAGGGCAAGCACUGAGAGGCCUUCUUCUCAAACACCCAGUAUGUUGGGUUUUGUGUCCUCAGCACUUCAGGUACUGGCUGCAACAGCGGCUAGCUUUGCCUCCUAGAAACUUUUGUGUUCAGUCAGAAACUUCCAAGAAAUCUGUGGCACAUCCCAUCUUUGCCACGGACACCUGGGAUGACAAAUCCUAUAUGAAUUUCAAUGGCACCAGACCUUCCUUCUCUUACAGCCUCUGUCACCCCCAGAAGUCACCAGGGCAAAACAUUUGGGGCAGAGGAGAAGGCUCUUCUGACCUCCUAUGUCACAGUCUCAAGGAUGUCAGACUGUACCCAGCAGAAGCCCUGAGAAAUGCUCGUGAUUCCAGAUUUUCAGAGACUAAUGACCCCAAGCUCAGGACUCGCUUUGGGGACCCUCUAUGGUCACUAUGUCACCUGAGCGAUGCAUGCCAGGAACAAUGGCUUCUGUCUGUGCAGAGGGAGGGGGCGGGCUGUGGGAGUGUUUCCUCUGCAGAUGUUGAACCAGCGGCUCUAAAUCAGGACAGUGAGAGAUGUAAAAUGCUCUCUGUAUGGCUGGCUGCCACUACCCACUCAGCCCUGACAGCGGCUCCCAGAUGCCAUCCUCAGCUCACAGCCUGGGAGUCAGGAAGUGUAGAGACAAAGCCCAUAGCUGGGCCAGGCUCUCUUCUCUCUGAGGAGGCACCCGGAUCAGCAUGAGAUCCAGAGACCGUUCUAGGGACUUCCCAGGCAUUAGUUGACAUGAUCUUAUCAACGGCCCCGAGAGGCAGAGAUUGCUGCUGUCUUCCUCUCACGGACCAGGUGCCCAGAGGCACAGGGGCCUUGCCAGCGUGUAUGCUUGCCUAUGGAAUGGAAUGAGUCCAGAGAUGGCAUCCCUGAGGUCGCCUCUGAAUGAGAGGAAAGCCCAGGACCAGACUACUCAGGGCAGAGUGUUUUGGGAGACAUGAGGCUCUGGGAUUCUCCAUGCUGCCUGACCGGUCGUGAGGUCCUGACGCCCUUCCCAGGUCCGGGCACAGCGGCAGCUCCGGCACAGGCUGGUGCCCACCUGAAGCAGUGUGACCUCCUGAAGCUAUCCAGGUGGCAGAAGCAGCUCUGCAGGAGGGAGCCUGGCUUGGCCGAGACCCUGCGGGAUGCUGCACACCUGGGGCUGCUGGAAUGCCAGUUCCAGUUCAGGCAGGAGCGCUGGAACUGCAGCCUGGAGGGGAGGACCGGCCUGCUCCAGAGAGGCUUCAAGGAGACAGCCUUCCUGUACGCGGUGUCUGCAGCUGCCCUCACACAUGCGCUGGCCAGGGCCUGCAGUGCUGGGCGCAUGGAGCGUUGCACCUGCGAUGACUCCCCAGGCCUGGAGAGCCGGCAGGCCUGGCAGUGGGGCGUGUGUGGUGACAACCUGAAGUACAGCACCAAGUUCCUCAGCAACUUCCUGGGGCCGAAGAGAGGAAGCAAGGAUCUGAGGGCGAGAGCUGACGCCCACAACACCCAUGUGGGCAUCAAGGCUGUGAAGAGCGGCCUGAGAACAACCUGCAAGUGUCAUGGCGUGUCAGGCUCCUGUGCUGUGCGGACCUGCUGGAAGCAGCUCUCCCCAUUUCGUGAGACUGGCCAAGUGCUGAAGCUACGCUAUGACACGGCUGUCAAAGUGUCCAGUGCUACCAAUGAGGCCUUGGGCCGUCUGGAGCUGUGGGUACCUGCAAAACCUGGUGGACCUGCCAAAGGGCUAGCACCUCGGCCUGUGGACCUGGUCUACAUGGAAGAUUCUCCCAGCUUCUGCCGGCCCAGCAAGUACUCUCCGGGCACAGCAGGCAGGGUGUGUUCUCGGGACACAAGCUGCAGCAGCCUGUGCUGCGGGCGAGGCUACGACACCCAGAGCCGCAUGGUGGCUUUCUCCUGCCACUGCCAGGUACAGUGGUGCUGCUACGUGGAGUGCCAGCAGUGCGCACAGCAGGAGCUUGUGUAUACCUGCAAACGCUAGGCCUCGACCAGGCAGGCGAGACCUGGACACUGCCGGGACUCCGAGGAGCAGUGUGGAAGCACGCACCUGCCGAUGCACAUGCUGUGCACAAGAACGGGCGACUCAUCUCUCUCCCCACAACAGAUGGUCAGCCAGCCUUCUGCCUUCCCCAGCACUCAGCAGGGAGAAAGAAAAGUCCUGCCUUCUGGUCCCAGGAUCACCAACCUGGUUGAGGACUUGGGGCUGGAGAACAGACAGAAGGGGAUCUUUGAGGACCAGGGUAGGGCAGGAAUGAUGCUGUGUGGGAAGAGAGAAGCAACCUCUUAUCUCAAGGCCAACAAAAACUGGGAGGAUGUGGAAGAGGGGGGUGGAGUCAGCUGGAGUGUGAGGUCAGGGCAUCCAUUUGGGCAUGGCUGAUCUGUUGUGGUCCCACUCUGAUGGCAGAGAGCUCCGGGUGCUACACACCUGCCCUGCUCUUGUGGCUUUGUGCACUGGAGACUGUUUGGAAUGGUUUUUUGGAAGCAAGGGAAACCUUUUAGGCUUGGGUGGGUUGAAUCACAGAGCCCAUGCCCUGAAGUCUUAUGUCCUAGCACUCAGGGCUGCCUCCUUGUCUCCUUGUCCUGAGAGGCCCCCACAAAGCCCCUGAGCUCUGCUCAACGAGACCCCUGAUGCAUCUAAGAAGGGUUCAGGAGCCAGUCUCCUUGGUAAGACUCAGAUAUAUGCAACUAGGGUUGAGUGAGGAGAUGGUGACCGUUUCUCUUUUCCUUGGUGGCCCAAGGAAACUUUGAUCACAGCCCAGAGGACAGAGAGGUGCUGCCCACAUGCCUGGGAGAGAUAUGACAGGCUCUGUAUUGAGACCCCACCCUGGAGUGUGCCCUACCAAUUCCUGUGACCAGGGUCCCCUAGAGCUGCAGGGCCCCCAUACAUGUUAGUAACACAUAAGAAUGAGUGGUUCAUGGGGCACAAGUCCACUUACAUGCCCUGCUCUCAAAGAUGCUUUUGCAGGCUUUUUUGCCCUGGCCUAAGUCCUUGCCAAGCCUGCCUCCUCAAUGGUCCUACUCAUUUACUAAUGGCCAGGCACUUGGGCUCCCAUCAGGAGGACCAGAAUGACUGCUGGUGAGCCCUUCGGCCAUUUUUAAUGCCUCCUACCAAGGCCCUCUGUGAAAGGAGAGGAAGUAGUAUACAAGUAUAGGCUCACACAUGUGCACACAUGCGCACACACGCACACACACACACACACACACACACACACACACACACACACACACACACCUGCCAGGCACAGACAUUCCAAGGAGCAGUGUGGCAUCUUUCCAGCCCAGAGCAAAGACCUCACUGAGGUCGCUGCUGGAGGCUGUGUGCUACCCCAGGUCAGGGCCCAAGGCCAACCAGGAGGAAGUGACCUCCUUUGGGAAGCCUUUAGCCACUUGGCUGGCUGUGCUGCACCCUUCUGUGAGCUUCCUUCCAACCCUGAAGUAUGUCGAGGUUACCACCCCUCUAAGGGAACAGGAAGCUUCAGAAUCAGUGCUCAGCGCCAUCGGCCCUGCCGGCUCCAGGAAAGAGGCUCUGUGGUGGAGAUUUCCACAGGUCAGAAGGGGCCACGCUCUCUUCUGUGCCUCAGGGUAGCAUGAGGAUGCUGGGAAGAUCUUUGAUGACAGAAGGUCCAAGGAGGAACCACAGUGACCCGAGACCCUUCUCUGGAAUGACUUUGUUGACUAAAGAAACCCAUCCUCAGCUCGUCAGGAGGCAAAAACAGAUUGAGAACUGCUUCCCACUGAAGGAAGAUGUGUUCCUUGGCAACCCAAGGCGUCCCUCUCCUCUAGGACCUCUAAUCCUGUUCUGCUUCGAGGGUACAAGGCAAGAAGGGAGCCUGGGAGAACUUGGGAACUCGAACACCCAGAUCUAUGACCUGUACCCUGACUCGAUGGCCAGGAGGGCCAGGGGUGAAGGAGGGUCAAAGAUGAACUUGAAGUUGAGGCUGAGGCUGACCGACCAUUAAGGCCGAUGCCCUAAGGCACCCUCAGUCAGUCCUCUCCCUCCCUUCUCCUUUCUUUCUCCAAGGCCCUGCUCCCCCUAAAAUCCCACCACAGCCAUGCUGGGGCCCCUCAGACCAGAACUUUAAGGGAGAUAUUACAGGGUGUUUUCACCUACCUCAUACAUAUAAUUAUUAGAAAAUAAUUUAUGUAGCUAAGAGAUAUGGGAAAGUAUUUAUGAUAUUUAUAUAGCUUCUCUUACCCAGAAGCCUCUGGGGAAACACAGCUGGGUCUGCCUCUGGCCUCGCAGAGCUGGAUGCCACAUAGCUGAGAGAGGUCACAGGUCCUGUGUCUUACUCUGUCUUGGAGUUCGGGAGCACACAUCCCCCCUGAGAUGAGCCCCGUGACACUGAGCAGGAUUGUCCCUGUGAAGUCUGUGGAUUCUCUGCCUCUGGUCCCAGAGGCCUUUCUGCUCUGGCCAAAGGAUUUCACCCAUAAAGGACAAAAAGGAUGAGUACAUCUGGAUUUGUAAAGCACUUUCCAUCUUCAGAAACACUUCUCUCUCUUCUCUCCCUUGGUUUCCCCCGGUUCCUUAUGAGGUUAGGAUAGGUGAGGCCACCUUACAGUUACCGCUUUCCAGAUUUGGCCCAGAGAUGGGGGCCUGUGCUCAAAGUCACACAGAAGAGAACAGUGAAUGAAUAUUGACUUGAGCAUGCCCCAGGAACUGCCCUACCCUGAACCUCAGAGUCAAAGCCAGCCACUUUCAGUGUGAACCUGGAAGCUAAGGAAAGGUCCUUGCUGCAUGUGACACCGGUCUUCCCCCACGGUUGCAAUGUUAGUUUCUCAAGCAAGCUGAGUUUCAUGUCCCCAAAACUUGGACUUCCUGAGAAACCUGGACUGACAAGGACUCCAUGGAGACCAUUCUUAGAGAGAGUGUCCUGCAGCCCACAUUGACCUCCAUGACCAGGCCCUCGCAGCUCCUCGCAGCUCGUGGGUGACUUUUGUUUCUUCUCUUUUGUGUUUUCUUUUAAAAGUGACUUGUUUCCUAUUGGAUUAUUAAUUUUUUUCUUUGAAAAUCAGUCACACUGGCAAAUGGGACCUUCAUCCUGACCUGGCUGCCAGCAUAGGGAGCUACACCAAACAGAAUACAUGGGGAUCUCCAAUUGGCCCAGUGUCCCCAGCCCUUCUUGGAGUCAUACAAGCUCUCCCAUUUGGCUGGCUUUCAUGAGCAUGCAGAACCUGUCCCCUGGUCUAGAGAACACCAGCUAUUCUGGCACCCUCCGUUUGUCUGGUAGACAGAUUACUACACCGAGUCUGUCUUUCUUUCCCCCCCUCAGCAACCCACGAACUUCCAUGCUUCCUGUCUGAGCACCCAGGAGAACCCCAGUGGAGCUCUUCUUUGCUGAGUGCUGAAACAGCCAUCUCACCUCCCAGUGAUUAUUUAGGGAGCUCCUGAUCAUGCCAGGGGGACGCUCUGGGUGCUAGGGCACAGCAGUGCUUAAGAGCAAGUUCCAGCCUCAUGGAGCUGACAAGCCGCCGAGGAGCAAGCUACCAAACCAUUAAACUAUGCACUGGUCA